AUGAAUGGGUUGGUGUACACCGCGGCGAACACUGUCGAAAUACAGGAUCGACCUAUACCUCAAAUCGAAUGCCCGACGGAUGCAGUUGUUAAGAUGAUGCACAGUUCAAUAUGUGGAACUGAUCUUCAUAUCCUCAAAGGGCAUGUACCAACCGUAGACCACGGGCGAAUCCUGGGUCACGAAGGUGUUGGUACAAUUGUUUCUCUGGGGUCUAAUGUUGAUGGGUUUUUCAUUGGCGACAUCGUCCUAAUCUCUUGCAUAACAGCAUGUGGGGUAUGCCCUGCUUGUACCAAAGGUUUACGUUCCCACUGCGGUAGUGGUGGCUGGAUACUAGGCAAUGUUAUUGAUGGGACACAAGCAGAAUAUGUGCGUAUUCCUCAGGCAGCUGCAUCGCUGUACAAGAUUCCAGGAAACAUUGAUUCUGCAGCGUGUGUUGCACUGUCUGAUGCUUUCCCAACUGGAUUGGAGUGCGGCGCUAUGAAUUCUCAAGCGCAACCCGGUAAUUCAGUUGCUAUUGUUGGGGCUGGACCUGUUGGCCUGUCGGCCAUGUUGACAGCGAAACUAUACAGUCCCGCCACACUAGUUGUGAUUGAUGUCGAUGAGAGCAGACUAGAUCACGCGAGGAAGCUUGGUGCAGAUAUCGUGAUCAAUCCUCAAGCAUCUGACGCCAUGGAAACCCUGGAUUCCAUCAAUGAAGGGCAGGGAUUUGACUCGGUUAUCGAAGCAGUAGGAAGCUCAGAAUCCUUUGAGAUGUGCCAAAAAUUGGUCGCUCCUGGAGGUUCAAUAGCGAAUAUUGGGGUUCAUGGCCAGAAGGUCGAUCUUUACCUUAACGAGCUUUGGGACCAUAACAUUAGCAUCAAAACGCGAUUGGUGGACACCACAACUAUUCCAACACUUUUGCGACUGUGCCGAACAGGCCGCCUCAAUCCUUCUGCUAUAUUCACGCAUCACUAUCCCUUUUCGGAGAUUUCGACGGCUUAUGAGAAAUUCGGUAAUGCGAAACAGGAGAAAACGUUAAAAGUUUCAAUUAAAUUCUAG